GUUCAUUUCGGCUUCUUCCCCUCUCCGGCUCACCUUCCGCCCGUCGCCGUCUCGUCUCGUCUCCCCCGUCUCCGGCUAGGGUUUCGGUUUCCGCCCGCCGCGACGCCUCCGCCUCCGCCUCCGCCUCCGCCUUCGCCUCCCUCGUCUCCAGGGAGCCCUCCUCACCGCGCCGGCCUCCUCCCCGCCCCCCUUUGCCUCUACGGCGCUACUCUCUCCGACUCUGCUCGUACCUGCUCGCCGGGGCGCUGUUUUCCGGGGGCAGGCGCGGCCACGGCCUCGCCCCUCGCUUGUGCGCGGCCGGGCGAGAGGAUUGGGGGGUACGGUGUGGACGGCCCUCUCCACUUCCCGACACCUGUGCCCUAGGGCCUACUCCUUCCGACUGUUUGCGGGCGUCCUCGCACACUUGGCUGGCCAGCGUCCCGAUUGGAAUCGAAUUGAAGGGAUUCAUUUGAAUCCCCAUGGCCCAAUUUAGGUCCGCCCCUCAGGAAAGUGAGGGGGAGCCAGGAGCUGAUGUCCCUGUGGAUGAAGCGAAGGCUGUGGAAGAAGAAAAAUCUGGUAAGGGCGAGGAUGGCCUGGAGGAGGCCGCUGAUGCCGUCGAUUCUGUGAAGGAUUCAGCGAAGCAUAAAGGCAUGGAUGCAGAGGAGGAGUUGGUGGAGCAGGAGGGUGAGGCCGCAGCGCAUGAUUCAAAAGAUAUUCCUGUGACUAACGGCAAGAGGGAUGCUGGUGGAAAUGAGGUGGCUGAAAUGGAGGUUGAAAAGUUGGAGAAUGGGGAUGGGCAUGCGAAGGCAGACGGUGAGAAGGGCCGGGCACUAGAAGUGGAAGGUGGCAGUGAUGGUGACAAGAAGGGUGGUGAUGGUGAGAAACAACUUACGUUGGCAUCAGCUGGGGAAGACGUAGAGGACCCGGUGCUGUCCAAGCUCGCAAGCAACUCCUUCAUGUUUGAUUACUCCCGUGGUGGUGAUGACUCGGGAACUGAGGAGGAGCAAGCUGCUUUCAUGAAGGAGCUUGAGCGGUUUUACAGGGAGAAGCUUAUGGAAUUCAAGCCCCCAAAGUUUUAUGGUGAAGGGUUGAAUUGCCUCAAGUUGUGGAGACAAGUAACUGGGUUGGGUGGCUAUGAGCAGGUGACAUCGUGCAAACUAUGGCGGCAAGUGGGAGAGUCUUUCAAGCCUCCAAAAACAUGCACAACUGUUUCAUGGACUUUCCGUAACUUUUAUGAGAAGGCACUCCUUGAAUACGAGAAACACAAAAUUGAGACAGGCGAGUUUCAAGUUGCAGCAUCUACUUUGACAGAGCGGAUUGCUUCCGAAAGUCAGGUUGGUGGAAUCAAUGCAUCUAGUUCUGGAAGAGCUAGAAGAGAAUCUGCAACCCGCGCUAUGCAAGGCUGGCACUCUCAGCGCUUGCUAGGGAAUGGCGAAAUUGCUGAUCCAAUAAUCAAAGAUAAAGGGACGGUUUCUGUCUUAAAGAAGGAUAAAACUCCUAAAAGCAGCGGUUCUGCCAAGAGGAAAAGGACACCAACCUUGGAAGACGACAGGGUGGUACCAUAUAAAUCUGACAAGCUACAAAAUGACUCAAUGGUUCUUGACCUGGGCCCUCCAGCUGAUUGGGUAAAGAUAAACGUUCGGCGAACUAAAGAUUGCUAUGAAGUCUAUGCAUUGGUUCCUGGCCUUCUGCGUGAAGAGGUACAUGUUCAGUCAGAUCCUGCUGGUCGUUUGAUAGUUACUGGAGAGCCUGAGCAACUAGACAAUCCUUGGGGUGUUACUCCAUUCAAGAAGGUUAUUAGUUUGCCCUCCCGAAUUGAUCCUCACCAAACUUCAGCAGUUGUCACUCUCCAUGGACAACUAUUUGUGCGAGCACCAUUUGAGCAGUCAAAGUAAUGAUGCUCUACAAGAUGGAGCAAAUAUGCAAGAUUGCGUUUACUGGUGGGUUUUAUGUAAUUGACUUGGGCCUAGAAGUUUGUUCAUCCUGAUCUUCGUUGCAAAUUAGUUACUUUCUGCUGCAAGACUUCUGCGGUGCUGUCUUGUUUGUAUGAAUUAAUUCAGUUAAUUAGAUGAUGUAGCUCUGUAUCUGGCAGUGCGUUGACUGUGAUAUGUAGCUUAAGUUCGAACUUCAGAUUCUAGUAGUAGUUUAGAAUGUUAAUAUCCUGAUGUUCAUGAUUUCUUUCUUCCUUUUUUUUUCAACCAAAUAGAAGGGGAUGAUUUGUAGCAUGUAGCUUGUAAGGUUAUUCCUAAUAUUCAGUUCUCAUACUGUUCAGAACAUGAAGACAGACAUAUACUUGGAUGUAACUGUUGCUCUGUGCACUGCUGUUGUAAUUGUAGCUGUAUAACUGAACUGAUAAGCUGUGCGAACCGUACCUUUAAGCUGUUA